CGCCAAAACCCCUUUUUCCUCUCCGAUUUUUUUCUCGUUCUUUGCUAGGGUUUCUAUCGUCGAAUCGAAGAGCAAGUUGUGAAUGAUGGAUUUUUAGGUGAUCUGAAGGUAUUUUUAGGGAGAGAAUUGUGAAAAUGAGGCCUGUUUUCUGUGGUAACUUCGAGUACGAGACUCGCCAAACGGACUUGGAGCGACUGUUCUCCAAAUAUGGAAGGGUCGAGCGCGUCGACAUGAAAUCUGGAACAUCUACUAAGGGAAACGAGCUUCUAUCUGGCUCGCAACUUCUGUGCCAAAAAUUCUAAUGCAAAGGAAAUAUACCUGCCUGCUUGCUCUCAUUCUACUCACAGAUGGAAUUGUUCUGCAUUUCAUUCACCUGAUCAUUCGUUCAUCUGUCUCUCACUCACCUCACCGUCCAAAGUUGCCAUUUCACAAGAAUAGUCAUGGUGGGAUCUGUCAAAUCAUCAUGCCAUGCCUACUUCCACUGAUCAUAAGGGGAUCAAUUUCUAUCAUGCCAUGACUACCAUAACUGAUCAUAAGCGGAUCAAUGAAUUCUAUCAUGCAAUGCCUUACAUUACUGAACUCGUGCUCAAAUCGCGAAGCAUGCCUUGCAAUGACAACUCAGAUUUGAAACCUUGGAUUUAAACCUUUAAUAUGCCAUCAUCAUGAUUUAGUUCAUCAUGCAAGGCCUCUACAUCCUUAUUUGCAGGUGUCGUAUUUUUACUUGGUUCUUGCCAGGGAACAAAAAUACUGAUUUGGCUGAUAAACUGCCUGCUGCUGAGUGGAUCUGAGACCAGAGUCAUGUUUUACUACUACGUCCUCUUAUUUCGGUUUGUUUCUGCAGGCUUUGCAUUUGUUUAUUUUGAGGAUGAGCGUGAUGCUGAAGAUGCUAUUCGUGGUCUUGACAGUGCACCAUUUGGAUAUGACAGGCGCAGGCUGUCGGUGGAGUGGGCUAGGGGUGAACGUGGCCGGCAUCGUGAAGGUUCUAGAUCAAUGGCAAACCAGAGGCCCACCAAAACUCUGUUUGUGAUAAACUUCGAUCCUAUUAACACAAGGGUUCGUGACAUAGAAAAACACUUUGAGCCUCAUGGGAGGGUUCUUCAUGUCCGAAUUCGGCGAAAUUUUGCAUUUGUGCAGUUUGAAACACAGGAAGAUGCCACAAAAGCUCUUGAACGUACUCACAUGAGCAAGAUUUUGGAUAGGGUAGUAUCAGUUGAAUAUGCUCUAAGAGAUGAUGGUGAGAGGGAAGACAGAUUCGAUAGCCCUAGAAGAGGUUAUGGUAGGCGUGGAGAUAGUCCUUACAGACGGUCACCAAGUCCAGUGCAUCGUAGGGGUCGGCCUAGCCCCGACUAUGGGAGGGCCCACAGUCCAGUCUAUGAUAAAUACAAUGGUCCAGCAUUUGAUAGGGCCAGGAGUCCUGAAUAUGGCAGAUACCGGAGCCGAUCACCUGUGCGAAGGUCAAGAACCUGAGAGAUUAUCAACUUGAAGGGAUCAAUGUGCUUAAUGCUAGUCAAUUUGUGGGGUACUGUGGUUGUGCAUCAGUUUUUGCUUACAUCAUGUAGGGGUUGCACUAGUUUAGUAGUUUUUAUUUGAUGGGUUUGAAAUAUGCAUGGGUUUCUGGUUAUCAUUAGAUAGACACACUUCAGCUGGUUGGUUGCGAGGCUGAAGUGGAUAUGUAGGUUUUCCAGUUCUGUUCAGACUAAUCUAUAUUACUACUAUUGGCAGAUUUAUAUUUUACUCAUGAUUUAAAUUUUACUCAAUAUAUUUUUUUCUUUUGAGCGAGCA